AUGUCGUUUAGCAGGGAAUCAGAUGCUAAACUCAAGUUUAAGACCUCAGGGAAACUAAAAGUAUGUGCAACGUUCGAAGGCAUGAACUUAAAAGACGAUUUGCUUCGGGGUAUAUACUCGUAUGGAUUCGAAGCACCUUCUGCAAUCCAGUCGCGAGCUAUCACACAGAUCAUUUCCGGUCGAGACGUUAUCGCACAGGCACAGUCCGGUACCGGCAAAACUGCCACUUUCACCAUUGGAAUGCUACAAGUGAUUGAUUUGAAGUCCAAAGAUCUGCAAAGUAUGGUAUUAUCACCCACACGAGAGCUUGCCAAGCAAAUCUCGCAAGUGGUGGGGAAUUUGGGCGAUUACAUGAAUAUCUCCGCGCACGCGGUCACUGGAGGCAACAAAACCAUACAAGGCGACAAUAAAAAGCUCGGCCAAGGCUGCCAUGUGGUAAGCGGAACUCCUGGACGUGUUCUAGACAUGAUCAAACGUCGCAUCUUAAACACGCGUAAUCUGAAAAUGCUGGUACUGGAUGAGGCAGACGAGUUGCUCAGUGAGACUUUGGGGUUCAAACAUCAGAUUUACGAGAUUUUCGCAAAACUACCGACAUCCGUGCAAGUAGUGGUAGUCAGUGCCACAAUGAGUCGGGAUAUCUUGGAGAUUACCAAAAAAUUCAUGAGCGAACCGGUGAAAAUCCUUGUAAAGCAAAAUGAAAUCUCACUGGAGGGAAUCCAGCAAUUUCACGUCAAUGUGGAUCGCGAAGAGUGGAAAUUCGACACUUUAUGCGACCUAUACGACUCACUCACGAUCACCCAGUGUGUGAUUUUUUGUAAUACCAAAAAGGUCGUGGACUGGCUGUCGUCCAAACUGGCACAGGCUAAUUUCGCAGUGGCCGCCAUGCACGGCGAUAUGAAGCAAGAAGACCGCGAUCGGGUCAUGAACGAUUUCCGGUCAGGCAACUCGCGCGUCUUGAUCUCCACCGACGUGUGGGCCCGCGGGAUCGACGUCCAACAGGUUUCUUUGGUGAUCAACUACGACUUGCCAGAGCUUUUGGAGAAUUACAUACAUCGCAUUGGGCGUAGUGGCCGUUUUGGACGCAAAGGUGUGGCCAUAAACUUCAUAACCCGUAACGACACCAAACGGUUGCGAGAGAUUGAGGCCCAUUAUAGCAUCAAGAUCCGUGCCAUGCCGGCCAACUUGCGCGAACUUACGUAG